AUUCAAUUUUUUCUAUUGUAAACUAAAAUGCUAAUAGAGUCUUAUGAUCUGUUUUGUUUGAUUAGUUGUUUUUGUUGUGGUGGCAGCUAUUUGCUUGAGCAACUGGCAAAUGAAGGCUAUUUCAUUAUCUUGGUGCCAUAUAACGCGACAUUUGAUCAUGAAAAAGUAACUAGGGAGAUUUAUGAGAGGUUUCAUGCUGGCUUUGAUUUGAUUUUGGGGUCUGAAUUGCCAGAAUAUGGCCUUUCACCUGAUGAUAUUGUUGAUCUUCCACUUUACUCGGUUGGCCAUAGCAAUGGUGCACUUCUACAAGUGCUUACUGGAAGUUAUUUUUGUGAGAAGAUACCCAAGGCAAAUGCAAUAAUAUCAUACAACAACAGGCCAGCGUCAGAGGCAGUACCAUACUUUGAGCAGUUAGGACCUCUUGUCAGUCAAAUAUUUCCAAUUAUGGAAGCGUCUCCAGUAUAUUCAUUCACUCGAAAUGCCUCAGCAGAUGCAUGGAAAGUACUACUUGAUACUGCUGGAACCAUGAUUCCAGAUUACGAUCCAGAAGUGGCAGUGUCAGUCAACAAGUUUGUUGAUCACUUGCCGGCUGUUUUUAAUCAGCUUGCUGAAGGAAUUUCGGAGUUCAGGCCAACACCCUCUGAGAAUCUUGACUGUUUCCAGAAGUCAUACAAUGUUCAGCAUACAUUACUGGUCAAGUUCAAUGUUGAUGCAAUUGAUCAGACUGAUCUCCUUGAAGAGACACUGAAGCCUCGAGUGGAAUCUAUUGGUGCAAAACUACAGAAAAUAAUAUUGAAUGGAACUCAUAUUACACCUUGCAUACAGGAACCUAGAUGGCAAGUGGGAGAUAUAUACUCGCCUGUAGAUGCUGUUGCUCAAGGUCUUAAGACAAUUUCUUUGAACGACACUAGAGUCCUCACAAGAACAAUUACAGACUGGUUUAGUCAACUUGAAGGAUAGGGACACAUGAAUCAGACCCAUGAUACGGCAAUAUCUGAAUCAUGUGAAUCCUUCCCGGUAUUGGGUUGACCUUCUUCCCUUUGAGUUGUUUGCAUAGAAUUUUUCUCAGGAAUUUGCAGGGAAAAGCAUCCUAUGAUGCAUAGGAUGCAAGCAUAUCCUAUGAUAUAAAUACGUAAUUUUGACAGUUGUAGGCAUCAUUACAAGUUACAUGACUUGUAAAAUACAAAUCUCAGACACUUUCUUGGGAGAAAAAUUGCUUUCCAAA